AUGGCAAAGAAGAAGAGAAAGACGCUUCAGCUCGAGGCGUGGUGCUGGUACUGCGAUCGCGAGUUCGAAGACGAGAAAGUUCUACUGCAGCAUCAAAAAUCCAAGCACUACAGAUGUCCACAAUGUCCGCGAAGGCUGAACACAGCAGGGGGUCUUGCAGUGCAUCUUACGCAAGUACACAAAGCGGAUCCAGAAAAGAUCGAGAACACGUUACCUGGGCGAGAUUCUUUCGAGAUCGAAAUCUAUGGCAUGGCAGGUAUCCCGGAAAAGGAUCUAGCAGAAUGGAAGGCACGCCGAGCCGCUCAAAGGGCUGACGGAAACGUACCGACGCAGAACAAACGCCCGCGAAUCGAGAAGCUUGUGCUGUCCAAAGAGCAACUGCGAAUCCAGCUGGAGGCACACAAGGCCCUCAUGAGCGGCAAGGCGCCAAUACCCGGUAUGAUGCCAGGCAUGUUGAGCGGGUUUGGUGCACCUGGACCGUACUCGGUGCCUCCACCAACGCUACCACCGGUCUACGGAGCUCCACCACCGAACUUUGCAAGGCCACCUCCAAGGCAACCGCCGCCCGGUUACAGAGCAGCGCCAUCGCCAACAGGCGGAGUUUCGGCGAACGUGCCCCCGCCCAACGAGCAGGCAGCUUUGAGUGGAGAUGGGCUAGAGACUCACAAGGUCAGAGCUGCAGAUCUCUUUUGA